GGAUUUCCAAGGAGUGCCGGGUGGCCGCUCGUACAGCCCGGCCAUGUCACCCCCCGGCCCCCCGGAUGGUGGCUGGGGCUGGGUGGUGGUCUUCGGGGCUUUCAUUUCUAUCGGCUUCGCCUACGCCUUCCCCAAAGGCUUAGCCAUCUUCUUCAAAGAAAUCCAGGAUUUCUUUGGCACGUCCUAUAGCGAGAUCGCGUGGGUCUCUUCCAUCAUGUUGGCCACGACCUACGGUGCAGGUCCCAUUAGCAGUAUUUUGGUGAACCGCUAUGGCAGCCGCCCCGUGGUUAUGUUUGGAGGCCUGCUGUGUGGCAUUGGGAUGGUCUCAGCCGCCUUCUGCACCAGCAUCCUGCAGCUCUACAUCUGCGUGGGCUUCAUUACAGGAUUUGGCCUUGCUCUCAACCUCCAGCCAUCAGUGAUAAUCAUAGGAAAAUACUUUUUGAAGAGAAGACCCAUCGCGAAUGGCCUUGCUAUGGCAGGGAGCCCCGUGAUGCUUUGCACCCUGGCUCCUCUCAACCAGUUCCUUUUUGACAAUUUUGGCUGGAGGGGCAGCUUUUUAAUUCUUGGGGCAAUUCUAUUAAACUGCUGUGUGGCAGGAGCUCUCUUCAGACCCAUUGGGGCAGCCACAGCAUCAGUCAAAACCCAGGCAAUUGAGGAAGGGAAGGCUCCACUGAAAGAAGAGGUCACUAAGGAUGCCAUGGAAAUGAGUAGUCCCAUGAACGUCCCCACGGAGGCCAAAACAGAAGAGGAAGGAGGAAAGGACUGCUGUGAAAAAAUCAAUCAGUACCUCGAUUUUUCCCUCUUUAAGCACAGAGGGUUCUUGAUUUACCUGAUAGGAAACGUGCUCAUGUUCCUGGGAUUUUUUGCCCCCAUCGUUUUUUUGGCACCCUAUGCAAAGCACAUUGGCAUUGAUGAAUAUUCAGCUGCUUUCCUCCUUUCGAUCCUUGCUAUCGUGGACAUGAUUGCCCGACCUACCACUGGCAUCAUUGCAAACAGCAAGUGGGUGAGGCCACGGAUUCAGUACUUUUUCAGCUUCUCCAUUGCUUUCAACGGUGCCUGCCACCUUCUGUGCCCACUGGCUUCUGGCUACACGGGGCUCGUUGUCUACUCCGUCUUUUUUGGCUUGGCCUUCGGCAUGGUUUGUGCCAUGCUCUUUGAAACGCUCAUGGACCUUGUGGGAGCUGCCCGGUUCACAAGCGCUGUUGGCCUGGUCACCAUUGCAGAGUGCUGCACGAUAUUGCUGGGACCACCUAUUGGAGGAACUCUAAUCGAUACUUUUGGGGACUAUAAAUAUAUGUUCAUUAAAUGUGGAGCUGUGAUGGUCCUGGCAGGAACCUUCCUGUUCAUCAUGAAUUACUAUAAUUAUCGUAUGCUUGCCAAGGAGGAGAAGGAAAGAAAGGCAAAAGAAGAGGAUCCUAAAUCUGUAAGGACAGAAAAUGAAGGCAGAAAUAACUGGAACAAAGAAACUGCACAGGAUGGGCCUGAGCUGAAACCUUUGAGAGAAGAACAAGAAGGACUAAAGAAGGAAGUGAAUGGCACAAAUGAAGUUUAAACCUGUUCCCAUGGGCUGAAUGGAAAAUUACUUCUGGGUGCUUGAGUGGACACCAGCUGUGAAAUCACACUAGGUUUUUAAAUUUUGCUCUAUGCUCUGCAGUGUGCCUCCUCUUCCAUGUUGUAGGAGAAGACUAGAACAAAAACAAGUCUAGUUUCUUACAAAGUGCUGGGACACAGUGCAGUACCCACUUGCAUACCAAAGGUCCUGCAACGUUUUUCUUUAGAUAUUUCCCAUUUCCCGGAGUCACCAAGUAAGGGCGUAAGUGACACCCCACUUUUAUUCCCUGUACUGCAGCUCUACUCAGUGAAAAGGCCAGUGGCCAUCAGAGUCAAUGCAGAGCCCUUCCAGCAGCCUGAACAGACCUUGCAUUGAGUACAGUGAUGGCUGGAUCUUCUCACCAUGCGGUCAAAAGUCUUUGGCUCUCGUUGACUGCCGUGUCAGAAUUAUCCCAGGGAUUUAAUGCUGCCUUCUACUGGCAGUUGCACUGCGACUUGCACCUCUGUCUCAUGAAAAUGUAAAAUAGACCUUACACUCAUCUUAAUUACCACAGGAGAGAGAUUCUUGAACAGAACAAGGGCAGCAGAAGCCUGUGCAUGAAGUGGCAGCGAGGCAGCCUGUCUUUGUGUCUGGAGCGUACUAGAAAGGAACUAACUUAGGGUGGCUCAUCAUGGCAAAACCAGGGACUUUCUCAGGGACCUCUGCAUUUUGCAAAAUGCUUUGAGAAAGGUGACAUUAUGCAAGGGGCAGCACAAGGCUGACAUGCUGCAGCAGUCCUUCUUCCAGGUCCUUUGUCUGUCUGUGGGACAGAAAUUUAGUCUCAAAGGGCUUAAACUUUGAUUUACAUUUGAACAGCGCAAAUUCUUUAAAAUUUUCGCUAGGAGGUUACACAGUCCUUAUUAUCCAAUAUCUGAGUGCCUUACUGGUUUUAGUAUGCUUUCUCUUUACAGCACCCUGGUGAGGCAGUGUCGUUGCUACUAAUUAAUUGUACAAAUGAAGAACUGAAGCCUAGAGGAGCUAUGAGCAUCAUUGCAUCAGUGAAUGCCAGGCUUAGGCAUGCCAGACCUGAAGUGGGGUCCACUGCCCUGAGUUGGCCACCGUGGCUACCUAUGUGAAGGACAACAUCGGCAGCUGAGGAGAGGAGCUGAAAGCCUGGCUGCUGAGCACAGGCAUCCCCCUGCUAGAAAGUAGAAAAUACCAUGGAUGGUCAUGUGUUAAACCACAGCCCUCUCUGCAGUGCAGCCUGCUUACUUUGUGCUUCGUACUACUCAGGAUUCAUAAUUUUAAACACCAUCUUAGAGCUGCAACCUUGUGCCAUGUUUUUUUUUUUAACCUGGUUAAGUUGCAUCCCUCCUGGAGGGAAUCCAAACACAAGUGUCCCCACUUUGUUUGGGCGGGGUUAGGCACCUCCUUGUUGCCAGCCCUGCAAUACCUGGUGGCCUCUUGCCACCCUGUUGCAUGAAAUCAAGUUUCCCCAGGUCAGUGAUGCAGAGCUGGAGCUGAGGCCAUGUAGGAGCCUCUUACCCAGAGGUGGUAAUUUUGAGCCAGGAAGAUCUGGACACAGACAGCAAACACUGAUGUAUUUUUAUAAUAAGCAGCUGUUGCCUGAGAGCAAGAAUGCUGAGCAUGGCACCAUGUAGUUGAACUGUCAGCCUUUUGUGGAUUUAGCUCCAAGUGACUGGAUAUAAAAAAAAAAAAAGGGGGGGGGGGGGCUUUUGAGGCAGAUCACCCAAAUCCAAAGCUAACACCAGUCCAUAGGCUAUAUCUCCUCUUUCCUUCCUUCAGUACCACCCUUAUGUGAUCACAUUUUUCUCAUGACUGUCACCGAAGAACUGUAUUUCAUUAUCACUUGUAUACACACUGUGAAGAAUGGCUUGUAAAAAUACUUCCAUAAAUACAGUAUACUCUUAAAUUUAGAUCACUCAUAUCUUCUUGUAUAAAACCUUUUCUGUGAAAUCUUUUGUUCCACUAAAGAAUAAUGACCUUUGGCUGUUGACUUCAGUAGGACUUAAAUUUUAUCCUUAUGUAGUACCUUGCAUUUCCUCUGAAAAACAAAAUCUACACAAUAUACUUUGGCUUUUUUAGCUGUAUUUGUAAUGUCCUUUAUUUCUAUCAAAUAUACAUAUGGUAUUUCAGUAAAAAAUGCACUGAUAGAAGGUCCUGAGCAUUUUUCAAUAUGCCUUCU